CAACAAAAGGUUGUGUGAAAGUUGAACACCAUCUUUAUGCAUGUGUGCGAACACGUUGUAGCUCAUUUAUAUACAUAUAAAUCCUAACUAUAUAAUUUGAAAGUAAUUUUUAUUUUUUUGGAGACUGCAUUAGCUCAGUUUAAUUCAAACCACAAUGAUGUCAUACUUGUGGAUUUUCUGUUUGGGAAGUUUAAUCGUUACUGGAGUGAGGAUGCAAGAAGAUGCUGUGGAAGACGCUGAGAAUGCCGAGGCUGCGGCAGAUGACCUCGCCCCAGCAGAUGGAAAGGAAUCAACGGUUCCUGAUAAUGCCAACACCACUGCAGAAGAUUUACCGCAAGAUUCAGACGACACAUCUGUCAGUGAGGCCGAUGGAGAGGCUGCAGCGGCUGAUCCAGUAGAACCUGAAGAAGAUGUAGAAGAGCCUGUGACCCCUACGAUCCCUGCAGAUCCUGAUGCUGAAGACACAACCCCUGAACCAGAAGAUGCAUCAGAUGUCGAGCCCACAGUAGAGAGUUCUGAAGAACCAGCAGCAGCUGAAGAGGAACCUGCUGAAGAAGAAGAAGAAGAAGAAGCUCCUGCUGAAGCAGGUGAAAAUGAUAUGACUGUAACAGAUGAUGCAGGUGAUGAGGAAGUAACAGGCGAUUCAGAUGCGGAUGCUGCAGGUGAUGCAGAUGUGGAUGUUGCAGGCGAUGCAGAUGCGGAUGCUGCAGGCGAUGCAGAUGUAACGGUCAAUCCGCUGGUUGAUGAACCUGAAGUCACUCAAACAGAAGCUCCAGAGGAACCAGCACAAGAGGAACCAAGUGAAGAUGAAGCAGAUACACCUGAAGGUCCUGCUGAAACAGACUCCAGUGAUGUAACAGAGAAACCAGAUGAAGAAAUUGAGAAAGCUAGGAGAGCAGGAUUCGAUCUGUCUGACGCUUUCCCUGAUUUAGCAGAGAAUAAAUUUGGAGAUGCAGACAGGCACAGCGCAAGUGACAGCGGUCCUGGGAAAGCACGCAGUGCUGGAGCAUCGUCUGGCCCAAGUGACCGUGGAUCUGGUACAGUUGUUGGUGUUGUUUGUGGGAUCGCAGUGGCAGCCAUUGGUGCAAUUACAGGCUACUUCACAUAUCAGAAGAAAAAACUGUGUUUCAAAGUCCAAAGAGGUGACCCAGAGAGUGCCAAAGAAGAGAACGACACACAGAACGACCCUCAAGUUUUAAGUAAUCUUCUGCCUUCAUCAUGAAUCAACCAGUGAAAGAGUUGUGCGAGCGGUGAAUUCCCAUGAUGCUACUGUGAACUGGUUCACAUCGGAACAGCAUGUUAUAACGACACACAUUUACACAGCUUAAGGAUCAUGGUGCACUUCACAAAUAAAUGGGUUGUCAUCAUAAAUUCACAGUGUGGAAACAUCUUUGAUGGGUGAACACACAAAUGUCAUUUUCACAUUCAUUUAAAGUCCCUGUGUCAGAUAAAGGCUUUAUUCAUAAUCUCAUUUCCUUCUGUUUCGACUACAGUUCUAGUUAACAUAGGACUGUUAUUGAUUUAUUUGUUUUGAAUGUAAUUUCACAGUUUGAAUGGUAUGGGGUGUGUAUGCUUGUUUGUGUGUGUGUGUGUGUGUGUAUACAUGACGGCCUUUUUUGGGGGAGGCAUUUUCAUUUCAUUAAAAAGUGUUGUUUAGUUUCUUGCUAUAUUGUUAAUCACAUUGUUUUGUUUGAUGUCAAGCAGCCACUGAUUCGUAUAAAUCAGACCUGACACUGUGGAAUGAUUCACAAAAUGAAAUUUUGUUCUGACCAAAUAGAAUUCAUCUGACAUUUUUUUUAUUUUAUUCUGUAAAUACAUUAUGUUGUUGAGUUUGAAUAAAGGGUUGGUUCUGUUUAAAUGACUGUACAGUUAAUUGCACACUGUUUCAAAAUUAAAAUAAAAUGACAAACCAGAAGUCUACAAAA